GUCCUAUUCCUCGCUUUCUCUCUUAGGACCAUGUAAAGCCACUGCUAGCCUGCUGCAGCCUAUCUUAGCUUGUCGCCACGUCUUCCUGCGCCAGCUUAUCCCCGAUUCUCUGGUCGUGGCUCUGCUUGUACCGAUCCCCGUGCACGCCACUCCUCCCCACAUCCGACCUCUGUGAUCUUUCCACUUGGCGGCGCUGGACAUUUGUGGAUUAUUGGGAGCGAUCUUGCUGGUCGCUUUUGUGGUACAUAUUGAUCCUGACCGGUGGUCCAACUCCAUUCCCGUCAAUCGAGCCCGAGCCCCGUCAGCCGCGCCUAGAGGCUGGUGAUGUCUUCGUAGGCAUCUGUUCGUCAUAUAAACCCCCCGUCAGUGGUCGGGUUAUUCACGACUCCCCAUGAAAGAACGAUCCAUCAACCUCACUCCCAUUCCGUUCUCAAAAUAUUCCGGUGCCCGGAUGGCUCUGCUCUUCUGGGGUAUUGCUUGGUUCGCGAUGAGUGUGGUCAUAUUCAUUCUGGGCCGGAUUAUCCCCCCAUUGCGAUCUAAACCGCCACCACUCGUCCUAAAACCUCGCAGCCCCCGCAUUCGCAGUGCUUCACUGUCCCCUGCCACCGCUCCUAUUGAGCCCCCAAAGUUGGAGGAGAAGGAUGAUGUUGAAUCGACCAAGUCGGCACCGUGCGACAUUCGUUCCGCCCCACCUCCCGUACCUUUGACAUCCAAGCGGCCUUCGUUUAGAAUGCGAUGGUCGCUCUCGAAGUCUUCGCGACCACCGAGUCCCAAGUCGUCAGCGGGCUCCGUGGCGUCAUUGACCUUAGUGGACAAUAGCUCGCCGUCCCGCUACGUACCUGACCUCCCAAGUAUUGAGGGCGAGUCGGGGAUGGCCGCCAACUUCGAUCAAGACGACACCCACUCCACUGACUCUCCCACCGGCUCGCCACGACUGACACGAAAUGUACGGCUUCCCACUAUGAAGAUGCUGAAAUCGUUGUCGCGCAAGGUGUCUACGAAGCCGAGAUCGGCUUCUGCACCGAGCCCUUCUGUAGCACCAUUGGGAUCCACGUCGCCCUUGGAAGAUGAUGCUCGCGAGCCCGUGAAGCAGGCCCGGAGAUCGCAGUCCAGAGAGUGUCCGGCGCCUUCCGUGAUUGCGCCGGAAAGCGACAUUCGGCCGCAACAGAGGACGGACUCUAUUUCCGGGGAGACGUUCACGACCACGUUCGUCAACCCCUUCCGCCUGAAGCAUCGAAAUCCCAAGGCUUCUAUUACUCCCACCAAUCCUCCUUUUCGCCGGGCGUCUGGCCCUCGCCGUAUGCUCAACUCGCUCUCAUUGACCCUCGCCUCCAAAGAAUCCCGCAAAACCCCCAUCCCUGACUCACCGCGGUCGAGCAUCUCCACAUCCGCUUCCACCUCGACGUUCUCCGGUUCCUCCGUAACGUCUGCUUUCUCCGCGUCCUCAGGCUCGCCAAGCGUGCGCCGCACGCAGCCGUACGCCGCGCCAUAUUACGCGCCCAUGCCUGUCUCUUCCAGCGUUCCUACGCCCUUAGGUGGGAGGAGUUGCUCUGGGUCAGCCCCGGCGCGGCGAAGGGCGGCGUCUUGCUCCCCAGAGUGGCGCCCGGAGCCAGUGGAGGAGGAGAGCGGAGAGGCGGAGGAUGCGAACGCGCUCGGGCUCGACCUCGCGGUAGGGACGCAGGCCUCGCGCGAGGCUCGAGCUGGCCUUCACGGGAGGCAGUCGGGUCAUCGGACCGCGGCGAGCGAGAGCCUCGUCGUGCUUGGCCCGGCGGGACGGAGGUAGCGAGAGUUGGACGAAGGUCGACGCGAUAUUGGUCCAGUUCUCGUUGGUAUUCUGACUCAUCCAUGACCGCACGGCAAUUUGACGAACAGCAUCAAUAUUAUAGUUGUAUCAUUAUCAACAGUAACGUACCAGUGUCCCUGGCGGGGUUCACGAUCGCACAUAAGCAAACAUACAUAUAAUUGGGGCAUUUCGUUUGACACGUUGUUAUACACUUUGCCGUACCACCUAUAAGAUAUCCGCACUGCAAGACGCCUCCUCCCGGAUAAGCGCCCACAUCUCUUGUUUCCGCAAUGCCUCACGAGGUCGAAGUUUCGUGCUGAACCCGCUUUCAGUGCCGCUUCAUCAAGGUACAGU